CGCCAAUGCGGCCCAGAAGCUGAGCUGAGUCUUCGAUCCGGAUUCCUGAUUGGUGGCGCUAUUCCGCUAGCCUGCAUUCUUGAAGAAACCAACAAAUUAUUCUUCAUUUAUUGGCUGUGUGGUGGAUUGCGAAUGCAUGAUAUUGCCUCGGACCCGCCGGGCGAAAGAGGCACAUGUAUAAAGGCAGGAGAAGGUGACUACCUACGUACCAAAGGCUUUUUUCCCACUACGCCAGGAACAUGGCCCCCGUCAGGUCAUUAGAAAACACACUCGCAGAAAACAUGCAGAACGUCGCAUGGGGCACGACGCGUCGCGCAGAGACUGACUUCCGCAGUGACGUUAUAACAACCCCGUCAAUGGGUAUGCUAGCAGCCAUGGCCACAGCCAGUCUCGGCGACGACGUGUUCCAAGAAGACCAAGUGACAAACGAGUUCCAGUCACUGAUGGCGGCGCAGUGCGGACUCGAGGCCGGCGCGUUCGUGAUUUCAGGAACGAUGGCGAAUCAGCUCGCUAUCCGGACGCUAUUAACGCAGCCGCCAUGUGGUGUAUUAGUGGAUGCGCGGGCGCAUGUUAUACACUUUGAAGGGGGUGGACUUGGUAUGAGCGGUGCAGCGAUUCAGACGGUUCGGCCGUCGAAUGGGCGGUAUAUGGUGUUGGAGGAUGUUAAAUCUCGGGCGAUUGUCACGGACGAUGUGCAUAAAUGUCCGACGGCGGUUAUAAGUAUUGAGAAUACGGCUGGUGGGAGUGUUGUUCCUGUUGCUGAGCUGCGUCGGAUUAGCGAGUGGGCGCAUAGCAACGGGAUCCGGGUCCAUAUGGACGGUGCGCGAUUGUGGGAGGCUGUUGCGGCCGGGGGUGGUAGUUUGUUUGACUACUGCACUCUCUGCGAUUUGGUCAGUUUGGAUUUUAGCAAGAACCUGGGGGCGCCUAUGGGUGCGAUGGUGCUGGGUUCGAACAAACUCAUCACACAACUGCGCCGGAUACGAAAGAGCCUAGGGGGCGCGAUGAGGCAGACAGGUCCAUUGGCAGCGGCAGCGCAGUUUGCAGUGGUCGAGCAGUUUGGACUGGGACCAUGGGGGAGCCGAGAUAAAUUACAAGCCGUGCAUGGGCUUGCAAAGGAGGUGGGCGAGAUGUGGCUGAAUUUAGGAGGACAGCUACUACGUGAAGUCGAGACAAAUCAAGUAUGGCUUAACCUCCAGCAGACUGGCCUCGCCACGGAGAGAUGGAAUGAGCUAGGGAGAAAGCAUGGAGUAAAGCUGGAUGGAAAGCGCAUUGUCCUUCACCACCAGAUCUCAACAGAGGCUAUCGCAAAGCUGGGUCUAGUAUUUAGCGAAGCCUUGAGGGCGCGGGCGCGUAUAUAAUCAAUAUAUAUUAUCUGAAGUUGGAAUAUAGAAACAGAC